AUGAGACGUUGCUCAAAUAGGAUGGACCAGAACGACGGAGUCAUAGUCAAAUUAUCGCGGGACGCCACUUUUCGCAAUUCGGUGAUGAUGACUGAAGUUGCAUUAUCGCCAUCGACUAUUCUUGAACAAGUUGAUGAAUCGUAUAAAUGUGGCAAUUAUUCUAAAUCAAAAAUAUUUCAACUUGACAAUGAACAUUUAAUACAGAUAAUUCGUAAUCAAUUAUUGUCAAAUAAUGAUUAUGAUAAUGCAGUGAAAUUAAUCACACACUUUCUACUUCAAGAUUAUUUUUAUAUUAAUGAAUUAUUACUACCAUUAUUUUUAAAUGAUAUUCAAGAUUUAAUGGAGAAACAUUUAAUUGGAAGUAAACAAUACGUCCAUCAGGCCUAUCUCACAGGAUUAUUCAUGAUAAAUGUAUAUCAAGUGCCGGCUGAUGUCAUACCAAAACUAGAUAAAAAUGAAAUACGUCUGAUGAUUAUUCGAUGUUAUGAUCUUUAUUGUACAAAAGAGAAUGCAUCACAAUAUCCAAAUUUGUCUAUAUUACAACCAAAACGAACAUUGACAUACUUAAUUAAUGUUAAAUAUGGUACGAAUAUGGCAAAUAAAACAAUAAUGAGUGAUGAUUGCUGGAAUGAACACAUUAGUGAACUAGUUCAAACAAAUCCCUCAUUAAGUAUAACUCUGAUCGAACGAUUAUGUGAUAAAGAUGAUAUUAAUGCUGUUAAAUAUUGGAUGACUGUAUUAGAAAAACCAAAUUAUUCAUUACCACAAUGGGUUCAAAAAUUUAUUCACAAUAAAAACUAUGAUCAAAUCCGAAAAUCUCAACCUCAAAAGUCAAUUAUUUCAUCAACAAAUUAUUAUCAACUGUCAUUAUCUGAAAAUAAGAUCUAUUUUGUUGAUAAUAAUGUUAUGUACACUCGUCUCUUAGAUAAAUUAUGGUCAUCAUCUUCUGAACAAAUUAUUAGUAUUGAUUGCGAGUGGAAACCCGUUUUUGAUUCGAACUCGACAACAUUUCAACGAAUAUCGAUAAUGCAAUUAGCAUUUGAAGAUGAAAUUUAUAUCCUAGAUUUGUUAUACUAUUUUCAUACGAUAGAUGAAGAAGAAUUACUAAAACGAUUCGUAAAUAAAUUAUUUAACAGCAACAGUAUUACUCUUUUAGCUAUAAAAAUGAAGUCAGAUAUAUUACCUCAUUUACGUUUAGUUAAUACACGUGAUAAAGGUUUAAAUAAAUUGUUGAAAGCUUGUUUUGGUCAACAAUUGUAUAAAGGUGAACAAUGUUCAAAUUGGGAACAGCGACCAUUAAGAAAAGCACAAGUAAUCUAUGCUAGUAAACUAAAAAUAUUUCACAAAUGA